UGGUAACCCUAAUCAAUGAGAUCAGUCAGUCCACCUCAGCUGUCCUGCCUGUUUUUUACCCUAGGUUCUAGGGUUUCUGCAUUAUCUUCAUCUGCAUCACCUGUCCUUCAGCAGCACCGCCAUGUGCAUUAUGCUGUGCUCCCUCAUGGAAGAAGCGGCCGUUCCUCUGUUAGUGGAAUUGUGGCCACAGUCUUUGGGGCCACAGGGUUUCUGGGGCGAUACGUUGUCAACCGACUAGGCCGUAUUGGAUCCAACAUAAUCCUACCCUAUCGCUGUGAUCAGUAUUACCUCAUGUAUCUUCGCCCAAUGGGUGAUCUGGGACAAAUUGUGUUCUUGGAAUGGGACUGCAGGGACAAAGACACUAUCCAAAGAGCCGUGGAAAACAGCAAUGUGGUCAUUAAUCUUGUUGGAAAAGAAUGGGAAACAAAAAGCUUCAGUUUUGAAGACACAUUUGUAAAUAUUCCUAGAGAUAUUGCCCGGAUAAGCAGGGAAGCUGGUGUAGAAAAGUUUAUUCAUAUCUCUCACCUGAAUGCUGACAUGAAAAGUCCUUCCAAGUACCUUAAGAAUAAAGCUGUUGGAGAAUUGGCAGUGAGGGAGGAAUUUCCAGAUGCCAUCAUUAUGAAGCCCUCUGAGAUGUUUGGAAGAGAAGACCGCUUUUUGAAUCAUUAUGCAAACAUGCGUAGGCUUGGUGGUGUGCCUCUUAUUGCUUUUGGCAAGAAGACAGAGAAGCAACCUGUAUAUGUGAUUGAUGUAGCCAAGGCAAUUAUUAAUGCAAUUAAGGAUCCUGAUUCUAAAGGAAAAACAUACACAUUGACUGGGCCUCAUCGAUACCUCCUUUAUGACCUGGUAGAAUAUGUUUAUGCACUUAGUUACAGAAUAUAUCGUCCCUAUCCACUUCCACGUUCCAUCUAUCAUUUAAUUGUCAGGUUAUUUGAGAUGAAUCCAUUUGAACCCUGGAUAACAAGAGACAAAGUGGAUCGGUUUCAUACAACAGACAAGAAGCUCCCUGAUCUUCUCGGCUUUGAGGACUUGGGCAUUCAACCAACUCCGUUAGAAGAAAAGGCAAUUGAAGUUCUGCGCCGUCACCGCAGAUUUCGCUGGUUGGAUGCUCGUGUGGACGAAGCAAAACCAGCAAAGACAGUUCCUGUCUAACACUUUCUGCUUAGACAACCGUUGUGCCAGUUGGCUUUGUUUGGAAGCUUCUGUACAUAUGGAAUAAAAUCUCUAUGUUAAUCAUGUAUAUUUUA